CACUAUCCCACUUUCCCAGUUCCCAAGACUGCUCCCUGUCCAGGGUAUCGGCUCACUCGUACGAUCAUACAACAAGAAGAUAAAUGAUAAUAAACACUAAAUUCUCAGCCCAAGUGCCCUCACCCAAAUAGCCGAAUGACGAAUACUCAGAACUCGACAAUCUUAUUUUUAGUUAUUAAUUAUUUUAUAGUAAUUUUUCUCCCAAUUUGAUCGRUGCCACACAACUCACACUCGCUUCCCUCACAGUGUACAGUACUUAGGACUAAAGUUUACGCUUUGCACGAAUAGACUAUUAAUUAUUGCGGUAAAGGAAAUUCUAUUGUUUUAGUCGUUUAAUGUAAUAACAAUUUGUGGUUAGGAGCCAUUGUCGUCCAAUAUUGCUAUCCAAUGGAUGAGAUUGUAUAGUAUAACGAUCGAACCGUGAAAAUCGAAAAUAAAUGGUGCUUACGGCCAACCGUAAUCAACAAUGGAAGCACCGUCAUCGAAAAAAUUUUGCUGCUCAGUUUGCGUCCACACAGUCAAGAGCAUUCCGGUGAUAUUUAUAUUGUGCAUACUUGCUUGGUCGUAUUACGCGUACGUCUUUCACCUGUGCCUCAGUCGAGUCACGUCCGUUGAACUGUCGGUGCCGUAUCUUUUAGUGUACCACAUCAUACUUGUGUUGUUCCUAUGGUCGUACUUCAAAACGAUUUUCACAGAGCCAAGCGGCCCGCCACCAAAUUUCAGAUUACCAGAUGAAGUAUUUGAAGAGUUCAAUAGAAAUCCUAUAGACUUGAGCAGGCAAAGCGCUAUUUUACGUGAUUUUGCUGAAAAUUUGCCUAUUAUGACUUUCACAAACACCAAUGAACAUUAUUUUUCAGAUAUUCGGUUUUGUGAUAAAUGUAAAAUAGUCAAGCCAGACAGAUCACACCAUUGCAGUGUUUGUCGUAAAUGUGUGUUAAAAAUGGAUCACCAUUGUCCAUGGGUGAAUAAUUGUGUCUCAUAUUCUAACUACAAGUAUUUUAUAUUAUUUUUGGCAUAUGGUCUUUUAAUGUGCAUUUAUGUGGCUUCUACAACAAUUGAAUAUGUUAUCAAAUUCUGGGAUAUUACUACAGAUAUGCGAAUUCAAGAUGGAUCAUAUAAAAUACAUAUAAUAUUCUUAUUUUUUAUUGCUUCAAUGUUUUCAUUAAGCUUAUUCUCAUUGCUUGCAUAUCAUAUCUACCUGGUUUCAAAAAACAGAACAACAUUAGAGUCUUUCCGCCCUCCUAAAUUUUUAGAAGGCAGUGAUAAAAAUGGAUUCAAUUUAGGUUGCUGUAGAAAUAUAAGAGAAGUGUUUGGUAAAGAAGUUCUUCUGUGGCCUUUUCCGAUAGACACACGUUUGGGGGAUGGUGUAAUUUAUCCAUUGGCGAGCGACCUCAAGUCUAAUGAUAGUGUUAGGCAAUCAUCAAACAAAUCCAGGACACCAUUUACCGUUUAGACAAUUUUUAUACACCAAGACAUGAUUAGUACUUAUUCUAUGCACAAUAUAAAAAUAAACAAGUAUACAUAAGGCUCAAAUCAGUAUUGUGUUGUGUUCUCUCUUAUUGUUAAUUUUAAUCUUAUWACUUUAAAAAUGCAAUAUUUAUAUUGAUAUAUAUUAUUAAUUUUAAUUUUAUUG